AUGGACGCACAGGGACAGAACCAAGUGCUCGGUCUUGCGUCGGCACUUCUAGCCGUUAUAUUGUACGGCUCCUGUUAUGUACCUGUAAGAUGGUUCGAAGCAGGAGAUGGUGUUUAUUUUCAAUGGAUGAUGUGCAUCGGUCAAUUUUUUGUUGGUGUAGUCGUAAUGGCAUUCGUUGGCUGGCCGCCGGUAUUUCCCUUAGUUAUGCUUUCAGGAGCCUUUUUUGCAUUGGGUAAUGCACUCACAAUAACUAUUAUGGAUGGUAUUGGUAUGGCAGUCGGUUCAUUGCUAUGGAAUACAGUAGCUUGCGUAGUAGGAUGGGGUGUCUCUCGAUUCGGUUUAUUCGGAAGUCCCGUGAAAGCACCACUCGAUGAUUAUAUGAACAUUGCUGGGGUAAUCAUUGUUUGCGUCGGGUGAGC